UGAGACGCCGUCGUUAACUUCUCCUUCUUCAUCCAUCGACUUUUUUUCUUCUUCGCAGAGACUCCCAAAUAAUUAUGCCCUAACUUACAGUUGCAAUGGAGAGUCCUCAUUUAAGUGGUGAAGAAAAUGUUCCUGCUAGUCAUGAUGAAUCUAGUUUGCAAGUCUCAGGUGGAACCAGUUUGUUAAGUCAGAAUUCAGAUGAGUUUUUAGCCGAGGAAAAAGAUGCUCCAGUCAGCGAUGGCGAUGCUUCAGUAAGCGAUGGCGAUGCUUCUGUCGAAGAUUUUGGUGAAAAAGACGACAUAAGCAACUAUGAGGAUUGUCUUCAGAUUGAAGAUGUUGAUGCUUUAGAGGCAAAAAAUGAAAAUCAGAAUAACCAUGAACUCUGUAUUGGAAUGGAUUUUAGUUCUGAUGAGUCCGCAUAUAAAGCUUAUAGAAAAUAUGGAAGCAGUCAUGGUUUUGACGUAAGGAGACAGCGGACUGCGAAAAAAAACAAUAAGCUAGUAAGGAUGGUUUAUGUAUGCUCAAAAGAGGGGUUUAGACAAGAACCAAAGGUCAAUAUAUCAUAUUCACGACCAACCACAAGGUGUGGUUGUAAAGCUCGCAUGUCUUGCUAUCUUCAGAGUAAUGGAAGAUAUAAGAUUGUGACUUUUGAGCCGAACCAUAACCAUGAUUUAGUGAGAACACCUAUGAAGCAUUUGCUGAAGAGUAACCGAGCAAUCUCUAUCUCUCAGAAACAACAUGCUGAUGAUGCUGAUAUGUCUGGAAUUUCAGCAAAAGCAACCGUUGAAAUGAUGAGUAGAGAAGUUGGGGGGCAAGCAAAUCUGGGUUUUAUGCAUAAAGACCUGAAAAACUACAUAUAUCGUAAGCGAAUGGCAGCAAUGGAAAAGGGAGAUGCUGGAGCUGUUUUGGAGUACUUUCAAAAAAAGAAAGAGGAAAAUGCAUCUUUUUUUUACUCAAUGCAACUCGAUGAGGACGAUAUGAUCACUAAUAUCUUUUGGGCAGAUGAUCGGUCAAUUAGUGAUUACAAUCUUUUUGGAGAUGUUGUUUGCUUUGAUUCAACUUACAAGACCAACGAAUAUGACAGACCCUUUGCUCCAUUUGUCGGCGUCAAUCAUCAUAAGCAAACUAUUGACACCAGUCUUCCUCCUGAUACACAGUUAUCUGUUGUUUCUGCCACUAGUCUGAUCUCAUACAAUGAACCUUCUUUCUCACAACUGCUCGAGGAAUUUGACAAGAAUCGUGAUGGAUCAUCGUAA